AUGGCGUUGAGUGGACAUCGUGAAAACUUCAUCGUGGCUCGUUUUGACCUUUUCCGAUCUCCUCAUCCUCCUCCACCUCCACCACCUCCUCCUCAUCCGAUGCUCAGAGACACGAAAUCGCUGAUGAACCACCAUCACCAGGACAUGGACCGAAUCGACAUCCGAACCUUGUCGCUGCUCCGAGGUCCUCUGACCGAAAAAGGCGCACGGAAGCCCAAGUGCGCCCGAUGCCGAAACCACGGCAUGAUCUCCUGGCUCAAAGGGCACAAGAGACACUGUCGGUUCCGGGACUGCCGCUGUGCCAAAUGCAACUUGAUCGCAGAGAGACAGCGUGUUAUGGCGGCUCAAGUGGCCCUGAAGAGACAACAAGCAGCAGAAGAUGCCAUCAUUCUUGGUCUCCGGGCCUGCUCGCCCAGUGGGCCGUACAACUAUCUCCCUCAAGGUCCAAUCUUCGGCAAUGCCCCACCAGGAAGCACAGACGGGGGCAACGUCGACGAAGACGAUGAUGAUGACGAUGAUGACAUGGGGCAGACGAGUGACUCACCACUCGAUGAUGUCGAAUUGCCGCCAUCACCAGAGCACGAGAAGACAGAAGUGAUGAGAGAAAUGAAGGAAGACUUAGAACGUGAGUCCCCUACAACAAGUGUCCCAGAGCUACCGAAGAAGAUCGUGGAGAAGCAUGAACCACCAGAACCCUCUGAGAAACCAACCGAAGACGGUGAGGAACCGAAGAAAAAGGCUAAGACUUCUGGACAUUUGGACACCUUCAAUGGCUUGGCAUCCAGCUUCGUGUCGCCGUUCCGUCCAGGACGGUUAUCGCCGACGGAGAUCCUGACACGGUUGUUCCCCCACCAACGCAAGGCUGUUCUGGAGUUGGUCCUGCAAGGAUGCAGCGGCGAUUUGGUCAAAGCCAUUGAGCACUUCCUCAGCGCCGGGGAAUCCGCAAAGAACAACAGCAGCGCCUCCUCGCGAUCGGAACACGCCUCGCACUCUUCAGAAAAGGACCAGAACGAAGCGUAUCACAUCCCGUCUGGACUUCCUACGGUUCCAGGACUUGGUUCUUCGAUCUUCCGCACACCAAUGCACGCUGACAAGCUAGGUGUCGGUAGCAUGAAGUCGGCUUUUACUCCCCUCCCACCUGCUAGCUCAGCGCCUCUCCCUCUUCUCUUUUCGCACAGACCGCCAAAUCCUUUCCAAGCAGACGCUCUCCUAGGUCGUACCCCUAUAUUUGCCCCAUCCAGUCUGAGUGACCUUCACGUUGGUGCUGCAGGACCGGGUCGUUUCGUAUUCCCAGCCAUGCACCCGCUCAAUCUCUCUGGAAAAUUAGCGGCAGCAGCCAGUGAGGGAUAUCCCAGGUAUGUCUUUGCACCCUAUGGAACAUGUCCGCCAGACUACACGCAGUACCCGAGCCUCCAUAGCACCAGAGCUCCAGCCGGAAGCACCGGAAGUGAUUCCGAAAAGAGUCCGGGUGCCAUUGCUGACCUGUCGGUCACGAGCAACGUUGAUUCAGAUUGAGAUUGGAAUGACUUUCUAAAACUGUAUAUCGGACACGUGAGAGCACGAAACCAUGGACUUGAUAUAUUUCAUGUUAGCAGAACAAGCUACAUUCCAGAGGUUUUUGAGGUUUUGUUUAGCAGAAAAUUAUUGAAACAUGAGCUUACCUCCCGGAAUGUGACGUCACGGGAUAUAACAAUUUCCAAUGUCAGCUUUAAAAACGGGACUUUGAAAUGUGCCAAAGCAUCUUGUAAGCAAAAUCGAUUUAUAUACCAUUGUUUAUCUUAAGUAUUUACGAAUGCCCUACUUUGGCUUAAUAAGUUCAAACACAGUGAAAAUGUUGUGAUCCAAAUUGUCUACACAAAAUGUUGUUCAUCUUUUAAGUCGCCACGAUUAAACGAUAACUUAUUAAGAAGCCUGACAAAACGAGACCCAUUAUUUCAGACUCGUUGUUUUAGAAGUUGUUUCUUAAUCGGGAUUUAUAAUAUCUACUAAAAAUGCCAAAGAUAGAGCCAUUGUUGUCUAAUUGAGGAUUACUUUUGAAUGUGUGUGAUGUCAACAGGUCAAAGGUACACAUACACUCCACAACAAAUUAAUGAAAAAACGAUCCAGAAUAAUCUUGGGAGUGAAGUAAUGGUGCAAUUUACUUAACAUAGAAUCGAUCAAUGCCAUCGAUAAUAAUGAUAAUAGUUCAGUUAGUACCGCAAAAUCAUCGUUGAUUUGCCAAACCAAAUCGAUGUCAAGUUUUCCUUCAAAGUAAGAUAGAACUACGUUUCCUAUAAAUGAUUAUUUCUAGAGGCUUUUAUCAUUGUCGUGUAUAUUAUAUUUAUUGAUGUAUCAUAAUGUUUUUCGCCCCUGUCUACGCCCUAUAUACCCCUAAAUAGGGUAAUGCUUUAUAAAAAAAUCUUAUAAAGAGGCUGAAAUUCUUUAAAAGUUUAUGUUAUCAUGUUUGUACAAGGCUGAACCUAAGCAUUAACAAAUUUAGUGUCAGUUACAUUUACAUAGGCUGAGUCAUCUUUUUAAAGAUUCCGUCUGAAAUAUACAAUAAUUUUGUUGCCAAUUUAAAGCGAUUCUAUAAAAUUGUCAUAACUGUCAAUCAAAGUCAAAGAGUAAUAACAUGAGCACUAUGUAUUUUAUAUUGAUGUUAUCACCGAAAAUUAUGAACAUGAAUUUCCUAAAAAGCUGACAUAAUUCCAUACAGUAUUUUUUUUAAAUAACAAAAAACUUUGAAUUUUCUUCAAAAUAAAAUUUCCAUACAAAAUGCCAAAUUGCUAAUUAUAUGUACAUACAACUUACUGAAAUCAGAUACUUUAAAUUUUAUGAGUAAAUGUGCAUUUGAAAAUCUACGCAAUGAUUGUAUUCAUUAAUCAUCGAAUUGUCAAAUUUUUGUACGGGAAUAUGUGUUGUAACUUCAAAGUGUGUAAAAUAUUAAAGCACCAUUCGAUUCGAAUAUGACCGUUUUCAGUCAUUUUCGUUAGGGCCGUGUAUCGAAAUAAAGAAAACCAUCUUUCGAAUGUUUGAAUUGAAUACGAUGUAAAAUAAAUAAUGAAUUGGUUUUUCUUACUUGUAAUAUAACAUUGAGUUAUUUAUAGAGAGCAUGACGACAGAGAAAAUACACAUUUUUUUAAUGUUGGUGGUAUUCUUGACUGGAUGCUCAAAAUUAAAAGUCUCUUCUUCAAAC